UGGUGGGGAAGAUGUUCGCCUCGGUGGGCCCUCGGGGCGGCCCGCGCCCACCCGUGGCCCCGACCAUCCCGGAGCCGGACCUGAGCCAUCUGACGGAGGAUGAGAGGAAGAUCAUCAUGGCUGUGCUGGCUCGGCAACGGGAGGAGGAGGCGAAGGAGGAGGCCAUGUUAAAAGAAGAGAAGCCUAUCCAAGCAAGAACGGUGAACCUGGUUGGUCAGAAAAAACCUCCGCAGCAAAACGACGUCCGAGGUAUCCAGCAGCAGCUGUCCAGCUACAGGGAGACGGUGAUCCGGCAGGCCACAGUGGCGGCGGGCUCGGCCGUUCACCGGGACGAUGCGCCAACCUGCGGCAUCUGCCACAAGACCAAGUUCGCAGACGGCUGCGGGAACCUGUGCUCGUACUGCCAGACCAAGUUCUGUGCCCGCUGUGGGGGGCGAGUGUCCCUGCGAUCCAACACGGAGGACAAAGUGGUGAUCUGGGUGUGUAAUAACUGCCGGAAGCAGCAGGAGAUCCUGACCAAGCCAGGCGAGUGGUUCACUGGGCCGGCUGGGAAACUCUCUGGCCUCGGUUCAGCCGUCAGCGAGCCAUCUGUGUGCCAAACUCCAGGUGACAAGAAUUUCCGGUCUCGCUCCCAAGCACCCCCGGGCUCCAUCACCGCAAACCAAGACCCCACCCGACCCGGCGCACCUGGGACAACACCUGGCAUCGACGCUCGGUCACGUAGUGAGCCACCACGAGACACGAGAAAUGGAAGGGGAGGCGGGGGAACUGGUCGGGGAGAACGCCGGCCGGGUCAACCUAGACUGCAGACCCAGGUCUCCAUGGACCGGGAUCUCCGGGGGGAGUCCAGGGAGCGCAGGGAAAGCCGGCGGCUGACAAAGGGACGCUCUCUGGAGCACGAUCCUGUGGGAGGAGGUGUUGUAGUAAGACGGACAGAAGAGGGGGGCUACCACCACAUGCACCACAGCGGUGCCCCCUCUCGCCAAGCAGGGCCGGUCCCUCCUGGAGGCCGGGGCCACCCUGUGCCCAUGCAGGGUCGUGGCAUGGGCGUAGUAGGGGAUGUUGGGGAUAGCGUGCGGCCUGGUCAGAGGACGGUGGGUGGGGUUUGUGGGCCACAUGAACACACCAUUCCUCAACAAGCCCCUCCCCCUGAACUCAGAGAGCCUCCUGGUUUGGGCCCUGGCUCAGCCCCUGGCCAGGUACCCAUAGUGAGACGGACCAAACGGGAGAAGGCUGAGAGCAUGCUGCGCAAUGAUUCGUUAAGUUCUGACCAAUCGGAAUCUCUACGUCCGCCGCCACCGAGGCCCUACAAGUCGAAACGAGGGCUGGGGGCCGGAGGGAAAAGGCAAACCAGCGUCAGCAGUUCAGAGGAGGAGGGAGGGACCACGCCUGAGUACAGCAGCUGUGAGGAUGCUGAGAUUGAAAGUGUCAGCGAGAGAGGCGACUGGGAGUGCUAUCCACAUGACCCCACUGUAUGGCAUCAUCCUGUAACCUGGCAGCCAUCCAAGGAAGGAGACCAUCUAAUUGGACGAAUUACCCUCAGCAAGAGGAGUGCCGCCAUGCCCAAAGAAGCCGGAGCUCUGCUGGGGUUGAAGGUGGUGGGAGGCAGAAUAACAGAGUCAGGGAGAUUAGGUGCUUUCAUCACUAAAGUCAAGAAGGGAAGCCUGGCUGACGUGGUGGGACAUCUCAGAGCAGGGGAUGAAGUUUUGCAGUGGAAUGGGAAGCUGUUACCAGGGGCGACCAUGAAGGAAGUUUACAACAUCAUCCUGGAGUCUCAAGCUGAGCCUCAAGUGGAGCUGGUGGUAUCCAGGCCUAUUGGGGUGUAUAGAAAAUAUCAUGAUAUCCCAAGAAUCCCCGACACGUCCCACCCUCCAUUAGAAUCUACAGGUUCCAGCUCUAUUGAGUCCCAGAAGAUGGAGAGACCAUCCUUAAAUGUCCUGUCUCCCUCCAGUCCUGGGAUGCUCCAGGAUGCUCCACAGUUAAUGCCAGGACAGCUCUCAGUGAAGCUAUGGUACGACAAAGUGGGUCAUCAACUAAUAGUCAACGUGCUGCAGGCUGUGGAGCUUCCUUUUCGGCCUGACGGGCGACCCAGGAGCCCCUACGUCAAAAUGUACUUCCUCCCUGAUCGCAGUGAUAAGAGCAAACGAAGGACGAAAACAGUGAAGAAGACAUGUGAGCCCAAGUGGAACCAGACAUUCGUCUACACCCAUGUCCAUCGCAGAGAUUUCCGCAACCACAUGCUGGAGCUGACUAUAUGGGACCAACCGAGGUCACCAGAGGAGGACAGCACCUUUAUGGGAGAGAUCCUAAUAGAGCUGGAGACGGCGUUACUGGAUGACAAGCCUCACUGGUAUCCUCUCCAAACCCAUGAUAUCUCAUCCAUACCGCUGCCCCGACCCUCCCCAUACCUGCCCCGACGACACACAGACACCCCUGGCAAGAAGCUGCAGCCAGAUGGGCGUGGCAGGGAGAGGCAGCGAGAGCCCACGUCUACCCUGGAGGUGCCAGAGCAGCAGAGGAUGCCAACCCAUCACAUACGUUCCCGCUCGGUGUCCCCGCACCGCGAGGAGCAGGGACGAAUCCGGUCACGGCCACCCAACGUUCCCACUCAGAGGAGUCUGGAUGAUGAGCUUCCUCACACCCGUCGUUCUCGUUCUCCGACCCGCCACUACGAUGCUGCCAGAGGUCGCCACCAGGAGGAGUACCUGGAUGACAGUGAGGUCAUCAUGAUCCACCAGUCAAUGCGAGGCAAAAGUGCUGAGUGCCUCCACACCAGGAGAUCUACUAGGCACAAUAACACACUGCCACCUAAGAUGCCACUUUUGUUCAACGGAAUCCUCAAACACACAAACAGUGAUCUGCAGCCUUCUCUGGACAGGGUUAGGAGCGCUAGUGCCAACUGUCUGACUCCAGACAAUCAUGCCCCCUCACAAGAGACUGAAAGAAAAUCUUUGUCCCAUUCCUUGCCCCGGAGACGUCCGGCAAGUCCCAGGAUUCUUAUCCAACAUGCUUCCCCUGAAGAUGACAGGCAGCCUCGGACCCUGAAGACACCUGAAUGUCAGACUCUUGGCAGGAAGCUCUCUGACAGUUGCAGGGGCCACCUCCAAGGUGGUUCGUCUCUUUCCUCCUCAGUGACAUCCUCCUCAGCCCGCAGAGUAAGGCAACUUCCACAGCUUCCCCCUAAGAGCAGCACCGCAGAGCAAGCCCUGGUAGCAGAGGAGUGUGUUCGUCAGCUCCAUAUGAGGGUUCAUUCCAACCGCGUUUCAGCUGCCACCACCUCCAGUCAACAGGACCUGGAUCGGGCCCUGAAGAACAAACGGGAGCUCUACAAGGACCAGAGGAGGAGCAGUGAGAACGUUUCCCAUAAGUCCUCAGACAGUGAUGUCAGCGACGUGUCAGCCAUCUCUCGAACCAGCAGUGCCUCUCGCAUCAGUAGCACCAGCUACAUGUCCAUCCAGUCAGAGAGACCACGGGGACGCUUCAGCAGGGCCAUUCGCGCAACGGGCCGUCACAUGAUGAAGAGUACCAGCGUGAGUGGGGAGAUCUACGGCAUGGAGCACACUGAUGGCAGCCAGUCAGACACGGCGCUCGGGAGCCUGGGAAGCGGGAUCAAGAAGCGGCGCUCCAGCCUCAGCCAACGUGUUGUCGCCAUCCUGCCAUCCAGACGCAGCCGAAGUACCUCGCAACUCAGCCAGACAGAGGCGGCGGGUAAGGCGGCGGACAGACAGAAAGAGGUGUCAGCAGGUAAGAAGGUGGGUAAGGCCGGCAGCAGCAGCAUCCAGAGGAGCGUGGAGACGGGCAUGGCGGUGGAGUACCCACGAGGAGGGUCAACCAUGAACCGGCAGGCCAGCAGAGAGUCGACUGAUGGUAGCAUGAACAGCUACAGCUCUGAGGGGAAUCUGAUCUUCUCAGGUAUGCGGUUGGGUGCCGACAGUCAGUUCAGUGAUUUCCUGGAUGGUUUAGGCCCCGGUCAGCUGGUUGGCCGGCAAACACUGGCAACACCUGCCAUGGGUGAUGUUCAGAUAGGUUUGAUGGAUAAGAAAGGUCAGCUGGAGGUGGAGGUGAUCAGGGCACGAGGCCUUACCCCCAAAUCAGGCUCCAAAUCCCUCCCAGCCCCCUAUGUCAAGGUGUACCUGCUGGAUAAUGGAACUUGUAAAGCCAAAAAGAAAACUAAGAUUGCACGAAAGACCCUGGAGCCGCUCUACCAGCAGCACCUGCUCUUUGAUGAGAGUCCCCAGGGCAAAGUGCUUCAGGUGAUAGUAUGGGGCGACUACGGAAGAUUGGACCACAAAUGUUUCAUGGGUGUAGCACAGAUUCUAUUGGAGGAGCUGGACCUCUCAAGCACGGUGAUUGGCUGGUACAAACUGUUUCCACCAUCCUCAUUGGUGGACCCCACAUUAGCUCCGCUCACGCGGCUGGCGUCUCAGACGUCAUUGGACAGCUCAGGACCGCCACCGGGCGUUCGGUCCUAGUGACCGAAUGGCAACCGCAAACCCCACAGUAUCCCUUAAAUGACAAAAUAAUGGACCGCACUGGACCAGAACUGAGCAGAGGGCGACUACACGCCCCGGGGGCGACAACGAGAAGCCCUCGGUCAACCAAUGAAAAGCCAGACGGAGCGACAGGGAAUGAGAGCGAGAAAGAGAGAGAGGGAGAGACAGAACUAGCCAAUCAAAGCUUAGCUGGAGUCUGACAAUCACGUCUCACACCUUCCCUCUUCCUCCUCCGUACGCCUUUUUGUUUUCAAAGCUUUGCUUUCUUUGUUUUCUCCUCUGAGCUGCAGCAGUGGAGGUUUCUGUCCAAUAUUCUUCAUUUCUCUCUACUGUCUUUCUUUUCUCCUUACUUUCUUGCAGCCCCUAUCUGAGCACCCGAUCAAAGUGGACUCCUCCACACAGUAACCCUCCAGCCAAUCUUAGUAGAUCUUACUGCAAGGCCACUGGGAUGAGGAGUGUAAACAAAGUGUGGGAGCAGAAAACUUCGUGAAGCUGUACCGUCACGCAGAGGUUGGUUGUUGGUUGUCUCUGCCGGUGUUACCGUGGUAACAGUGUAGUCGGAAACGAGCACGAGGGGCAGCAGUUUGGCGCGGUUUGGUAACCUCAUUAGAUGAAGGGAGCCUGCACACGCACGUGCACAUUCUUAGCCUUGUUGUGAUACAUGAAAGCAAGCACAAGAAAAGCUUGACUCCUUUAUUCGGUCGGAGGCAAACAGAAGGUUUUACUCUUUGUCUAAACAAACAGGAAAGAAAAUAGAGGCCAAAUUGACUAUUUGCUCUUUUUUUUUUCAUUUGGAAUCUUUUUUUUUUGUCUUUGUUGUUCCCAGAGUUCAGAAUGGUACCAUAAGGUGCAGACUCCCUCUGUGUACGUGCAUGUUUGGUUUUCGAGCGAUGGUGCGCCAAAGGCCGACAAUAAAGGUCAGGUCACAUUCACCCGAACACCAUUUACCCAACCCUCCCCCUACCUCCCGGUCUCCUCCCCUCCCUGAUCCCUCACACUCCCCCUGCAGGAGGGAGCAGCAUGACUCGGGGACGCCCCGCCCCGGCCCCAAGCUGCAUGCACGUUUCUUUUGUUCUGUUUGUUUCGUUUUUUGUUUUGUUCUCUACUUUUUUGUAAAAUAGAAGACGAGACAAAUUAACGAACAAUUCUCAAAAAAACAAAAGCAGAAAAAAAGACUAGACUAUGUGUUAGUUCCACAUACUUUUAGGCCAGCUUGUAUGUUGCAUGUUCUUGUACAGUUUGCUCGUACUGAAUAUGAAUACAAAUCGAGAAAAGCCAAGCCAUCCCCGCCCCCUAACAGGAGCGGACCAAUGGGGGGGGAUCAACUCCGCCCGGGCCAUGCCCACCACUCUGGGUCUAAAUAUACAUAUUAGAAAGUCUCCGGGAAAAAAAAAAAUCUUUGUUUCAGUUUUUUCUUUGAAUCCUUUGAACUACAGUGCUGUUCUGUAGUACUGAGCAUACUCGAGCCCCUGGCGUAUCUGAGGGUGUAGGUGUCUAAACAGUUUAGCACAGUCGGGUCUAGAGACAGAGAUAGAGAAUGUGUGUACAACAGCUAAAUGUAUAGGAAGUAUCAUUAUGAGUUUGACAGAAAUUAUAAAGAUAUAGAUAUAUGAAUAUGAAAAAAGAGUGUAUCUGACUGUCCACCCGUCACCAACACACACACGCGCACACCUUGUACAUACAAACCAGGAUGAGCAGCUUGAACUUAAGUUAUGAACAAACGAAACAUCGCUGAGACACAAACAUUCCUGGUCUUGUUGAAGGGAAGUUGCGUCCUGUGGAUGUGCUCGAGCCGCUGAGCGGCACUGAGCCUCGAGGGGCGCUAAUAGGCCUUUAUAUUUGUCCCAGUUGCAGAAAAGCAAGCAGAACCAAUUGGAACAAAGUUUACUUUCUUCUCCUUCAAUCCCUUUCCCCUGUUUAUUACUAUUGGUUUGGACUGGACUUCUAAAGCCAAUGAGAAAUCUGAUUUUGCAGACAUAUUUUGCGGAUGUUUCUGUUGAAACCCUUGGCGGUGUGGCCGACUGCCCUUUCCUUUGUCAGUAUUACUCCAGGAAUACUGAUUGUUUACAGCCCAUGGCUCCCCACUCCCAAACCACGAUUUUAGACGAAAGACUAAGUAUUCACUGCAACAGUUGUUGUUUGUAUAACAGAUGUGGCUCUACUGAUGUGUAUGUUUUAUAUUCAAGAGUUCAUUUUUAUUAUUUACAAAUAAAAGACUGUGUGGAAGAAGA